ACAGGGGCCAUGUCUGGUGGUCCUGUCCCCCCGUUAUUGAGGGUCUCUCAGCAGGACAAUGAAGAUCCUGACGUGCCCAGCCCAGCUGCAGCGUCUGGAGGGGAUCCUGAGGAAGAGCCUGCCCCUCGCCCUGCCGGUCUUUGGGGCAGUGCUGAACAUCAACCGGGGCAACCCUGGCCAGUUUGAGGUGCUGGUGGACAAGUGGCCCGAAUUCGGUGCUGUGCUGGCCCGGCCCAGUGGAGAGGUGCCGGUGAACGACGGCUACUGGAACACACAGGCAGGGUUUUACCGGGACCUGGGGGCGUACCGGGCACUGCUGGAGACCCCCGGCUGCCUGCGCUGGGACGCUGCCUUCACCCUCAUUGGGCUACAGGACGGGCUGGCCACAGUGUCCCAGGACCUGGCAGGGAGGAAGGGUGUGGAGCUGGACAUCGUUGAGUACUACUCCUACUGGCACCCUGACCCCAGCACCAUGCCUGAGCUCCGGGCAAUGGAGCAGCCCCGGCGCAUCACCGACUCCUUCCCGCGGCGGCGGCGGCGGGGCCCGGGGCGGCUCCCGGGCAGGCUCAAGGUCAAAAAGGACAAGGACAAGGUGCAGGUGAAGGUGCUGGACUGUCCCCGCGCACCCUCGCAGCCCACCCCGGACCAGGCGCUCCUGGAGAUGUUGCGGCGCUUCGAUCUUUCCUGGGAAUACGGACCCUGCAGCGGGAUCACCCGCCUGCAGCGCUGGGAGCGAGCACAAGAGCUGGGGCUGAGCCCCCCCGGCCCCAUCCGUGACGCCCUCCUGGAGUACCGGGACAACCCCGAUGUCACCUACAGCCUCUGGCACGAGUAUGAUCUCUGAGCCGCCGCACCGAGAGAGUGGGGGGGACCAUUCCUGACGCCCCCAGACCCUAUUCCAGGGACAACGGGUGGAUUAAAGCUGGUGUGAGCCAAUGAAGGGGUGCCGUGUGUUGUCGGGGGGGGCACGGGGUGGGGCGAAGCCCUUGGAGUUCAGGGGGAGGGAAGGGAGUUGCAUCGCGCACUCAAAAAAGCUAGGUGGGGUGUCCAAGCAGCACAGUUUAAUGCCACACAAAUGGGACCCAAGGGGAAAAGUCUGUUCUUGGGUGGAGAAAGGGAGGUGGGAUUUUUUUCCUCAGGAAUGGGAUGAAAAAAUGAAGAAUGAGGUAUAAAAUGAGGUGAAAGUGGGCAUAGCGGGGUGAGGCAGGUGGCUGUGGAUUGUGGGCAUGUUCUGCAGUGGGGUGGGAAGAAUGACACUGUCCUGGGGGAUUUAUAUGUUUAGUAGCCCUAAUUAGCAGCUUUGCUGUGUGCAGAAUCAUAAAUAACAGGACAUGUCUGUUAAUUACUCAGGUUGUUAAUGGCUUAAUUCACCAGCUCUUUCUGUUGCUUUAUCAAUAAAUAAAUUGUUUCUAUC